UGGCGAGCCAACUGGCGGGGAGUUUUGGUCGAUCUCAUUCCCGAGGCCGAAAUCAGCUGUGCUAUCGUUGCAUUUUGCCGCUGGGGCCUCCCUCCCUCCCCCCGGUCCGCCCGCCUGAUGUCUUGUUUCAUUUCCCCUCCCCUCGAUUCCACGUCUUGCCCCUCUGACCUGACAAGUUGUCGACCUUCCCAUCGCCUGGUGCGUCUACAACCAUCACGUCGACUCCUAUCAUUAUAGCGACCUUCGAAGCUGCUCAGCCAGCUCUCCCCGGACCAGACGCCAGACAAGCCGCAACCCCAUCACCCUUGCCGCCCGCACAACAUGGUCCAAACUCGUUCCGGCUCCGUCGCGCGCGCUACCCCGCCGCCGCCCGCGACGCGUUCCUCCCCCACCGCCGCAACGACGACGAAAACCACGGCCACGACCACGACCACCACCCCACACACUGCCACCAUCAUCUCCCACACGCCCUCGACGGCCACGCUGGCAUGGCUGGCCGUGUCGCUGCCGCUGGUGGCGUGGGACACGGGCUACAUCCUGCUGCGGCCGCGGUCCAUGCCGGGCGGCGACCUGCACUGGCCGCUGUGGGUGCCGUACGACCUGUACGGGCGUGUCGACCACAUCUACGGUUUCAAGCAGUGGCACCUCAACAACGGCUUCACCGCCGCCCAGGGCAGCCUCAACAUAAUCGAGUCGCUCAUGUACCUGUACUACCUCUAUGUGUGGUCGUCCAGCGCCGCCCCUGCCGGGUCCGGCGCGCGCGCCGCCGUCACGGGCAGGCCGGCCGCGCGCGCAGUCCUGGUUUUGUUCUCAGCGCUGGUUAUGACGCUUUCCAAGACGAUUCUGUACUGGCUCAAUGAAUCUUGGUCUGGCUUCGACAAUAUCGGCCACAACACCGCGCGCGACGUGUGUUUCCUCUGGGUGGUCCCGAACGGCCUCUGGAUCAUCUUCCCCGGAUAUCUGAUUUACAAACUUGGAACCGAGAUUAUGGAGGACCUGGUGCCAUCUAGCACCCGCACAUCCUUCAAGACGGAAUAAGUCUAUGUUGAGUGUGUAUAAAGGUCGACUGGCAGCGGCUGGCUUUUUGUAUGAAGGGAAUGUGCGCCGCCUAGAGUAUGUGAUCAAGGCGGUGUAACUAAUACAGCCUGCAGCAGCAAAUCUGGUGCGAGAUGUACGGCAGAGUUUCUUGGAAAUAUGGGAUCGGAACAGGACUUAUGGAUAAUAAAGCUUCUGGAUAAUAAUGAUGUAUUCGGAGCGAGUUUUGAACGAACCUCGGUUUCACCCCUGAAUACCUACCUGUCUUUGUAAAUGCCUACCUACCUAGGAGACGAAAGCAUGGACGACCCC